UUUGAGCUAGCUGCUCCAAGUAACGUGAAUAUGGACAUCUCAGCGCUUGCCCAGAUGCUCAAUCCGAAGGAGGAUGAUAGCGACAGCGAAACCGACUGCGUAAAACACACCCCCGCUGAUAUCGGGAAAAGCAAACCUAAAUCUAAGAUUCCUGACGUAACUCCCACCACGGUGAAGAAAGCGCAGACUGGUAAAGAUAUUUGGGAUCCUGAGUUUGUACCUGAGGGUGUGGCUACUGAGCACCAGGAAACAAGACCUCAGCCUCAUUACGAUAUGUGCUUCAAACAAAAUGUAGGAACUGAGGACAUGUUCCUAGGAAUGAGUGGAAAGAAUCCAGGAAGUAACGACGAACUAGUGAUCACCAUUUCCCUUCCUAACGCCAAAUCAUCAGAAAUCGACUUAAAUGUAACUGACGAUAGGGUGGAUUGUUGGACUUCUAAGCACGCACUUCGGUUACACUUGCCCAAACCUGUAGUCAGUAAUCAGGGGUCAGCUCAAUGGAUAACUGACAAAGAGCAACUUAAGCUUACUCUGCCACUCAAAAAGGAGUACGAUUUCUUACCAUGAUUCACACCAUCACUCAGUCAUUAGUCAGAUAAAUCCAUGUCUAGAUGCUAGCCGGCUAGCGUAUCAUGUAGUUCAUCAGUUUAUACUCUCCUGUAACCAGAUUCAGAUGUAAAUAGGAUGUUUAUAAGGAGCUGUUAUUUAUAGUGUAAUUUAUUUUCCAAAGA